CUGUUCCCAAGAGUCCAGUCAGCUCUGGAUGCACCAACAGCACUGAGUUUCUGGACCUACGAGGCUGAUGACGCCAUGGAGCCAUGAACUUCAAAAACCAUUUAUAUCCCAAUUCAUCUGUGACCAGCAGCAGAAGAAGGUAUGCAAAGAGAAGAGAAAGAAGGAUGCAAUGUCCACACAUGCUAAAGGUAGGAGCUUCAGGAGCUGUGGCUUACGGUGCAGACAUGGCCAAGUCCAAGAACCACAACACACACGACCAGUUCCAAAAAUGGCACAGAAAUGGUAUCAAGAAACCUCACUCACAAAGAUCCGCAUCUCUAAAGUGGGUGGAUCCCAAGUUCCUGAGGAACAUGCCCUUUGCCAAGAAGCACAACAAGAAGAGCCUAAAGAAGAUGCAGGCCAACGGUGCCAAGGCCAUGAGUGCAUGUGCCAAGGCUAUCAAGGCCCUUGUAAAGCCCAAGGAGGUUAAGCCCAAGAUCCCAAAGGGUGUCAGCCGCAAGCUCAAUCAGCUUGCCUACGUUGGCCACCCCAAGCUUGGGAAGCAUGCUGGUGCCCGCAUUGCCAAGGUGCUCAGGCUGUGCCGGCCAAAGGCCACGGACAAAGACCAAACCAAGGCCCAGGCUGCAGCUCCAGCUUCAGUUCCAGCUCAGGCUCCCAAAGGUGCCCAGGCCCCCUACAAAGGCUUCAGAGUAGAGAUCUCUGUCUGCCAACGUGAGGACAGAAGGACUGUGCCCGGGCUGCCAUCUGCAUGGGGCUGGUGUCCUCCUGUGCUAUUUGUACAAAUAAACCUGAGGCAUGAAAAGAAAAGAGAAUUUAUGCAAAGAUUUAGCUUCACCCUUGAGGGAGGCUCUCCCGCCCCCUCUCAAUUGUUAAAGAACUUCUGCGUGGGCUUCAACAUUCUCUCGGCUGGCCCCUUGGGAGGGCCUUGA